UGAAGGCGCACAUCCGACGCGCCGUUUCGGUAUCGAAUCUCUCCGAGUGGCGUGCAUUCGCGCUUUUCGCGCACGGCGGCGGUGCGGACGAGAGAGAGAGAGAGAGAGAGAGAAAAAAGGGUCGCCCGUUACUUCCGGGUGUGGUUCGGCUUCCGGCGACAAUCCGCGGGUACGACGGUGUGUUGCACGGUACGCGUACGCGGACUGUGCUGCUGCUACACACGGGCGGGCGCAUUACGUUUGUGGCGUUGCUCCGGACACGGUGUGUGCGCGCGUGUGUGUCUCGCCUCCUUUCGAACGUGACGACGUGCACACAACACAGAGACGGGUAUCCCCGUCGCGUCAUGACCCAAUGAGAGGGGCCGCGCAGUCGGCUGGAUAAGCGGUCUCGUCGUCCUGGAGAUGGGCGGCUGGGAGCGGAGCAGCAGCAGCAGCAGGCUCGUCGUCGUCGUCCUCGUACGCAUUUGUGCCGCGGAGCGCUACGGAGAGAGUGCCGUUUCCCCGCAGCGGGUCGGCCUGUGCCACAGUGCGUUCGCCGCUCUGACCUGCGAUUUACCCUGCUGAACUCCCGGGAACGGAGCCAGGAAGCGCGCGUGGGGAUGCGAGAUCCAAUGCGAGAUACGCGUUGCGUUCUAAUGUCACGCGAGUGAUCCGUUUGCCGAGUUAACGUCGUUGGAGCCGUAGAAGAUGCUGGGAGACGAUCCACCGUCCCUACCGGUGGGCACGGAAGUCAGCGCGAAAUAUAAGGGUGCCUUCUGCGAAGCAAAAAUCCGCAAGGUCGUGCGGUCGGUAAAAUGCCGUGUAACGUAUAAACCACAAGGUUUAGGAACCGCUACGGUUGCCGACGAUCAAAUAAGAGGGACUCUGAGAGUAGGCGCCUCCGUCGAAGUCAAACAUGUGGAUCGGAAGGAACUUGUGGAGGCUACGAUUACGAAGAUCCAAGACUGCAGUCAGUACACUGUGGUCUUCGACGAUGGUGACAUCACGACGUUGAGAAGAACCGCGCUCUGCCUGAAGAGCGGACGGCACUUUGCGGAGAGUGAAACAUUGGAUCAGCUUCCGUUGACUCAUCCGGAGCACUUUGGGAAUCCCGUAAUUGGAGGUAGAAGGGGCAGACGAUCAAGGCAAGCGCAGGAUGAAAGCAGCGAAGAUGAGGACAGUCCGCCACGUGGUGCACGUGACUCGAGUUCCAGCGGGGGUGCGAAGGAGGGAAUGGAAACGGAACCAGAGAUUGGUAGGGUGGUUUGCGUGGAGCUCGGUGAUAAGAAGAAGAAGGAUAAUUGGUUUCCGGGACUAGUGGUUGCACCUACCGCUCAAGACACCGUGAGGAUACGAGUGAGAGACGAUUACUUGGUGCGCUCGUUCAAAGAUGCCAGAUAUUAUACAGUGCCCAAGAAGGAAGCCACAGAAUUCACGAAAGAAUUAGUCAAUAAAGUUGAAAACAGUACUCUGAAGGUCGCAGUGGAGAAAGCGCUUCUAUUUUUAGAGAAAAAUGAAUUACCGCCUCAUUGGGACAGGGAUUCCCUGUUUGGGCAUUCUGUUUCUAGUGGGAAUAGCGAUUACGACGGCGAACUCGAUUCAGAUAGUUCGGACGACGAACCGCGUGAAGAGAAAGAUCAUUUUGUGGCUCAAUUGUAUAAAUUUAUGGAUGAUCGCGGGACACCUAUAAAUGUUUGCCCGAUGAUUGGAUCUGAAGAUAUAGACUUGUACCGGCUGUUCCGAGCGGUCUACAAAUUGGGUGGCUAUAAUCGUGUCACAAAUCAGAAUCAAUGGAAAGCCGUGACACGGCGACUUGGUUUUUCGAUGCAAAAUUCGGCGCCCUUGUACAACCUUGUGAAGCAGGCCUACAAGAAAGUCUUACACUCCUUCGAAGAUUUUUAUAGAAAAUUAGGCUGCACCAUGGUGAACCAUCCGCGAGGUAGCACGCGUAAGCAACGCCCUGGAAGAAGUCUGAUCCGCGACAAGGACAGAAAUACGCCUAUACCGCCGCCAGCGCCAGCACAAGUGAAAAGCGACAAGGAUGAAGACGAGAAGAAGCCUGUGGAGGAGGAGAAGAAAGAGAAGAAGGAGGUUAAAAAGGAACAGGUGAAAGAGGAAGAAAUUGUCAAGGUAAAAAAGAAGGAAGAGUCCGAGGGAAACGGUAGCGGCCAGGAGAGCGACGUGAACGUGGAAGGAGACGUCGAAUCGUCGUCCAAUAACGAAAAAUCGCAAAAACCGACUACGCAGAUUUCCGCGUCUCCCACUUUGUGUGCUACUACGACUGCAUCGUCCAGCCGGACGAAGUCGAAGAGUAAAGAGGACACCAAGAAGAAGGUGACCGAGAAGAAGAAAACCGAACCUAAGAAGCAAGAGAAGAAGGAUGAGAAGAACAAGGAGGAAGAAGCCACCAAGACGAGAUCCAAGGCGAAGGAUGACACCGUGAAAAAUAAAGGUGCUUCCGAAGGAAGGGAAACGCGAACACCAUCUAGAGAGGCGGACAACAAGAAAACGUUGUCGAAGCAGCGGCGUUUAACGGACGAGGAAUUAAAGAAACGAGGAAGGAAGCGCAAAGAGUACGAGACGGAAAAGUCGCGCGGGGACGAACAGCUUACGGAGUCCGCCCCUACCUACAAGGGUCCCGUGGAGUGUGGUGACAAACUGAAGGUGUACUAUGGCCCGACGCACGAAUCCAAAGUCACUUACGAAGCGAAAGUCAUCGAGAUAGAGAAGGACGGCCCGGAGCCAAUGUAUCUUGUACACUACACAGGUUGGAACAACAGGUACGACGAGUGGAUCAAAGCGUCUAGAAUCGCUCAAAAUAUCACGCAAGCUCAAGGCAGAGUGAAGCGCAUCAAGGCGACUCCCAGGCCUCAAACUCCCAGCGCGAAUUCGUCCAACAAGUUGAAGGGCGCUUGCAACUCGAACGCUAACGCGUCGCAAAGUCGUCGCCGUGCGCAAAGCGUCGCUCCCACUUCCACGAGCUCCAUGCAAGCCUCGACAUCUACGAAGGACGCCAAGAAGGAGGAGAAGGACAAGGACGCGAUACAGCCAACCAGAUCCACCACACCGCUGUCUAUCGCUAGUUCCAGCUCCAGAACCAAGAGUCCCGCCACACCCGCCAAUAGGCCGACCAGAACAACGAGAAAUGCAGACUUAUCCGGGAUGGAGCAUCGUAGGCGCACCAGGAGAACCUCGGGACACACGGACAUAUCCGUCGCGUCGGAGAGCGAGGAUAGCGAGGGUUACGAGUCCGAUACCACCGAGCCUGAGCAAACCAAAACCAGAUUGAGAGGUAUGGAGGAGAGAAAACGGAAGGAGGCGCGAAGGGCGGAAGAGCGAAUUAGGGCGGAUGAUGUGACAGUCAGUGACGCUGAGGACGAUAAAGACAUCUUGGACGAACCGCGUAAAGGCAGGCGUUUAAGAAGAACGCCCGGCAAGUCUCAGGGCAUCAAAUCCGAGCCCGAUAGCGAUCAGGAGGAACAACCGAAGGGUCGAGAUUUCGAUCUCAAUCAAAUACGAUCUGAAUUGAAAGGUUUCGACAAGGCCGUCAAGUUAGAGAUGGUCAGAUCAAUGGAGCCUGAUAACGAGGUCAAGCUCGAGAACGAGAAGGAGAACGUCGCCGUGACCGCGACGUCGCCCAAAUUGGAGAAAACGAUCGAAUCUCCAAAGGUGGAGAUUGUCGAGACGAAGGUGGAGAGCACGGAGGACAUAUACGAAUUCAAAGAACCGGAACCGUUCGAGUUCGAGGUGAGAAAUAAGAGGGACAACGGCGAUAAGGAUAAAUUGAAGAAGCGAAUGUUCGAGGACGAGGCGAAGAGUCCGAAGAAGAAGCAGAAAACGCCCGCUGCAGGAUUGUUGGCGAAGGAGACGAAAUUGGAGCCGCCGGAGAAUGAGCCCCGGAAGAAGCCGAGGAAGCUGUUCAGCAAGAGGUCCGACGACGCGCAUGAAGCGGCGGCGGCGGCGGCGGCGACGACUGCUUCCGGCAAGUCGUCGUCACAGAGCGCAUCGUGCAUGUCGUGCGAGGACGUUUUCAACAAACUCUGCGACACGUCCGUAUCGUCGUUCAAUCAGAUGAAAUCGAUCGUCGCGGAAGAACCGAGCAACAAGACCGGCCUGAAUCUCUUGUUCAACGAUUUACCGGCGGACGACGAAGGUACGCGCGACGACUCCGAGGACCGUCUGAUAAUAUCGGAGACCGAGGUGUCGGAGACGGAACAGGAGAGCGCGUAUCAGCAGGAGACUCAGUUCCAGAGCGGCAAAUCGCCGGACGCGGCGGAGUCGAGCAAGAACGAGGCCACGGUCGAAAGCGCGAGGGAAGAAGCGCCGAUAAUCAGUACGAGCAGUGGCAGUAAACCCAUCCCGGAACAGAAGCAGAGCCAAGUCAAGCCGUUGCCGAGUCAAGUCGCGGCCGGACAGUCGCAGCCUGAAUUGAAGAUGUUGGAUUCGAAGUCGUUGCUCGAUAUCGUUCCGGUACCAUCGCCGAUUGUGACACCGCCGGCACCCAUAAGCGCGCGACUGCCGGCCACGUCUACGAUAGAAGAAAAAUUAUCAGCCGCGAUGGCGUACCGAAGUAAAGCUAAAGAUAAGAAGAUCUCGGACGAGGAGACCGAUCUCCGCGCGAUGAAGACAAUGAAGGAGUCUAAAAAAUUGGACGUUGCUUUUCUGCAAAGAGGCAAAGACGCGGACGUUACUCCCGCGACCGAGGUGGAGAAAAAACGCGAACAGGAAAAGCUCGCGAGCGAGGAGAGUAUACGUAGAGAUAUGAUGCGCGUGGCAGCGAGCGUUAAGCGAAAAGAAGAAGAACUAUUGAAGUCGAAGAAAGAAGCGGAACUGAAGAAAUUCUCGGAGGCGAAAGUGAUCGCAGAACACAAGACCAAACUGCAGGACGCCGCGAAAGAGGAAAGUUGGAGGAACGUCGGAUAUGAGAUGCCCGACAAAAAGUCCUCCGAGGAGGAAUAUAAAACGAUGGAUCAGAAGGAGAAGGACAGAAUUGAGAGUCGCAAGAAGCAGAUCAGUCAAGAUAUCGAUUCCACGGAUAGCAGUGAUUCGGAGCAGCGGCUCGUGAUAGACAACGAGGAGCCGCAGGACGUCAAAGCGCCGUCUGCCUUCGACGUGAAGCUGCAAGCGGAAUUGGAUCGCAUGGAGAAUACGCAGGAGAGAUACGCGAGAUCGCAGCUAUUGAAAACCUCGCAGAGCGUCCAGCAGCAGGAGCAGGAGUGCGUGGAGUUCAAGACCGACGCGACACCCGCGCUGAAGACGGACGAGGAGGGCGAGACGAUGAAUUCGCUGUUAUGCGAGGAGGAGAUACCCGGCUCGCCGGCCCCGCUGUCCGAGAGCAUCGAGCAAGCCAACGUCGGGCCCUCGUGCAGCCCGCCGAAGAGCGAAGCCACGGAAAAUAGCAUAGUGCUGAUGGAGAUGCCGUUCGCGAGCGCGCCGACCUCGGGCCAGAGCACGAGCAGCAGCACCGUUGCCACGCUCAGCAUGGCACUGCCGAAGACCGUGGAGGCGUCGAUGUCGGUUUCGCUGCCGGCGCAGCAGCAGAGCGUAUCCUUGAACAUGCGACAGUCGCAACAGCAGCAGCAGCAGCAGCAUCACCAGCAUCAGUACAUGCCUCUGAUGCCACAGCAGCGACGCGAGAGCAACGAAGCCGCGCCUGUGAUGGACAAUACGCCGCCGACGACACCCGACUCGAGCAUUUCCAACAUCUCGGGUUCGCCCAGGGAGGAGAGAACCGGCGGCUCGUCGCCGAUCUCCGAGGACAAUAUCAAGCUGAAUCGCGACAAUUCCGAGGCGGACAACGACAGCGCCGGCAAAGGACCGGGCUUCAGCGAGGACGAUGCCCUAUCCCACCCCGAGAACAGCUCCGCGGACCGGAUCCUCAAGCCACCCGCCAAACGCACAGUCGACGAUAUGCAGUCGCCCAAGAAACGCAAGAGAAACAGGAAGCACUCGGAGUGCGGCAGCGGCAGCGGCAGUGGCGUCAGUGUCAGCGUUGGAGUCGGAGUUGGCGUCGGCGUUGGCGUCGGCGUCGGCCUCGAUGUCGGCGUCGGUGUCGGCGUCGACAUUGGCGUUGGCAUUGGCGUUGGUGUUGACGGCAGCAGUACUGGCAGCAGCGGUGGUAGCAGCGGCGUCGUCGUCGGCGGCGGCAGUGGCGUUGGCAGUGCCAGUGGCGGUGGCAAUAGUAAUGGCAAUGACAGUGACAGUGGCAAUAACAGUGUUAGUGUCGGCAACGGCGGCGGCGGCGCCGUGCCGAAGAAACCUGGCAGGCAGAACGGCAGGCAGCACGGUAGAUACGGGGCCGGGAGCGACAGCGACGACACCAGCGAGGGAUCCAAUCUCUGCGGAGUUAACAACACGCCGACGAGUCACCACGCCGGCAUCAUCACCAACGUUCCCGAUCUCAGCACCUACUCGUCGAGAUUACCGAGACCGCUGAAGUAUAAUUUCUUCGUCGAAUUUGAUCCUGAAUUGGACGGUAGUCAAAGGAUAGCUGUACUGCAGCAAAAAUUAACCGAGUUGCGUAAGACAUACAACGCCGUGAAGGUCGAACUCGCUGCUAUAGACAGACGUCGAAAGAAAUUAAAAAGGCGAGAACGAGAAGCGAUGAAAGCAGCUAAAGCAGAAAUGCAGCAGGCUUGUUCGUGAUAGACAGCGUUGAAAGAUUAUUAUUCUUUCGAGUACUAAAUCAGAUUUGUAUAAGCAUUAUCGGCACGGGCAUCAUGCAAUCACGCCAGACGUUUCAUGACAAUUUUGACUUGUGUAAUAUCGCUUAAUGGUAAUGUUCGCCCUGCAAUUUUUCUUUAUUAAAUAAACUGUAGAUAUAGUCGCGUAAGAUUUAGCGUAUCAAGGAUGCGUUUGUCUCAGAAAACGGCAAAUUCAUUCAUAAUAUAAUAUAUCUGUGUAUAUUAUUCCGUUAAUCUCCGUAGUCUAACGUUUUCCAGCGAAAGGCAGAGGUGACACAGUGUAAUAUAAUGAUUAUAUCGUUGCUUCACAAUAUUAAACAAAGAUAAAAUGAUGCUGAACUGUGCUACGCAAUGUGUCAUUUGCGCCUUUUGCUGGAAAACGCCCUAAAUGUUAAAAAAAAAAUCUAUUAUCCUCAUUUUGUCAUUGCACAUGUUCGGAUGCAAAGUACAAACUAUCAAAACUGAUGAUCUUCAUUAUACAUUUCUCUUCGUCACUUUAUUUUUUUUUUUUUUNUUUU